AAUAAAACGAAGAAAAACAAGAAAAAAUGAGUAAUUUCAGAAAAUUUCGUAAACAGAUCUUUUUGCAAAAAAGUAGCCCAAGACCGUGUUACCAUGUACUACUGGACACCUAUACACACCUUUAUAUUGACAGUUACGCCUACCGAGAUGUCGGUAGCGUUGGUGUUGAACAGUGCUGCGACUCGCUAACCAGGAGGUAUACCCUACACAGUAACAAAAGCGCAGCUGAGUAGGAGAAGGGACUCGGUGCAGCUCUGUCGCCGACGUUGUCGGUGUUCGUCAGCGUUGAAAUUCGUGAUGAAAACCCUCAGGUCGUGGCGAUAAGAUAGAGCUUGACCCGAAAUGGCGCUUGCUUCUAUAAUUCGUAGAAAACUCAGGGAGAUAGUCGCAUGCAGGGGAACGUGGUAACGCGAAUUUAAGAGGCCGAAAGUUAGGAAGAAGAAGAGGCGUGAAGUAAUAGAUUUUGUAGUAGCAAGUUUCCAAAAAAGAAAUUCUAAAUCUGUCAGAAAUUGAAGAGAGAUAGCAUCCGGUAUCCUUACAGAUAAUAAAGACAACUUAGCAAGCUGCACAACUCCCAGUUGCACCAACAAAGGAUCAAUCAUGAAAACUAUUCUCGUAAUAAAUCCCAACUGCACAGAGAGUAUGACAAACUGCAUGAGGGAUACACUCUCCAAAUGUUCUCCCGCAGAUACAGUCAUAGAUUAUUACACAUGUCCGCCAGAGGGACCUGCUUCCAUUGAAUCUGUAACGGACGCGAUUCGAUCAGCUAAUGUCGUUAUGAGCAAUUUGCCGGAGCCAAAGGAGCUCGAGAGAAAGUACAGUGCGUUUCUCGUGGCCUGUUACUCAGAUCAUCCACUGGUUCACUCAUUGCGGGAAUGCGUGCACCAGCCAGUUUUAGGCAUAAUGCAAGCAUCCAUUCUUACAGCAUUGAGCGUUGGCCAUAGGAUAGGAAUUGUAACGACGACAAAACGAUACGACAACCUUCUGACCGAUGGCGUUCGGGCCAUGGGAAUUGAUAACACUGUAUUUGUAGGUGUGGAGACAACUGGUCUCACACCGCUCGAGCUGGAGUCCAAAAGUCGAGAAGUGGUUGAAGAGUCAUUGGCACAAUGCGCCAAACGUCUUGUUCAGGAUGGUGGUGCGGAUGUUGUUUGUCUUGGUUGUGCUGGUAUGGCGAAUAUGGGAGAUAUUGUGCGUAAAGCCGUCGGCGACAAUGUUUCAGUCAUUGACGGCGUGAUUGCUGGCGUUCAUUUGCUUUGGGCACUUGUGCAGAUGAAAGUGCAGACGUCAAAACAAGGCGUUUACCAGUCAUUGCGUGUUAACCCCUUCUCACGUAUAUAGUUAUAUGUAAAGAGACAGUGGACGGAAACAUGCACAAGGAGGAAAAAAGGAAGGUGCAAGUUGUUUUUUUCACACGAGACAAACCAGACGGAGGGAAACAGAAAAGAGAGUGGGUUUGCCGAGAGAAGAAGGAAUAAAUAAUGAUUGGUACUACCCAAGUGUGUUGGAAAGGGUAGCAACAGCAUCGGGAUAACGUUACAUACCUAGUUCGUUCAAGGCAGAGGUCCAAAACUCGUAAUUGGAAUCAUUAGCGGGAAGGUUAGACGCACCGGUUGGCC